AUGUCCAAUACCAAGUAUCCACAAGCGCGAUGCCACAACCAGACGUUGACCACCAGCGGUUUAACAAGUCCCCCGACAAAAGAACCAAAAGAUGUGCGGUGCCGGGCCGAAAAGGAGAAGAGAAAUUUGCAGAAAUAUGAGCAAGAUCAUGUGGGCUUCGUAAUCAGCGAGUCUAACUACUUCAGUAUGCCAACUGUCCCAAGAUUCCUCGCCGGCUCCCAAUGGUAUGGCCGCAGGAUGUCCGAUCCUAAGGGAACAGUGAACAUACCCUUCUCGAGUUUUGAUCCACCCUACAACCACUCCGUCGCGCAAUAUCAGAUAGAACCGCCAGGUGAGAAGCCGGUUCUGAAGGAGGAGGCGGUGGUAUUGCUGCAGUUAAGACCUCACAAGGUGUUCCACUUGUACGAAUCCGUUGAACAGGGUGAAAGCUGGGGAAUGUUGGCACCCCGAAGGAACAGCGAAGCAAUUACUCACCAAAAAACGCUCAUGGACACAAGGGCGGGCAUCGAGAAAAUAGGAGCAGACGACGACGUCGGCGAGAACAACACCUACGACUCGACAAAUUACAGGACGCAAUUGGUAAACGGACCCGGAACGUGA